CACCACAGACAAAACUUAUACCCACAUGCAUACAUAUACAUAUAGAGAUAUUUAGAAAGAGAAAAACAAGUAAUCAAUUACAGAGAGAGAAAUUAGAGGAGAAGAAGGAAGAGAGAGAUGGAUAAAAGCUGUCACUCUUCUGGGGAUUCUUCUACCACCACUGCUACUUCAAGUAGCACUAGCAUCACCAACACCACCAACAACAACAACAAUAACAACAGUAACAGAGAUCAAUAUCUGAAUCACCUCAACAAAAUUUCUCACAAAAUCUCUAAACCCAUUAGGAGACCCACACCCACUUUUGAUCAUCACCAUCAGGUUCACCGCCCGCCGCCUCCUCCGCCGCCGCCGCAGUCGCAGCAGCCGGACAGUCUUCAGCCGCAGCAGCACCAGCCGCCGGUUUACAACAUCAACAAGAGCGAUUUCAGAGAUGUGGUUCAGAAGCUCACUGGCUCUCCUGCUCACGAGCGCUUCUCGAAGCCUCCGCCGAUUCAGCCUCCCAAGCCUCCGAGCUCUCGGCUGCAGCGGAUCCGACCUCCGCCGUUGGCGCAAAUUGCCAACCGCCCUCCUCCCCUGCUACACAACGCCGUACCUCCUCCACAGCCGAACCACCACCACCACCCCAUGAACGCCGCCGGAAACGGUGGAAACAGCAACCAGAGGGCGGUGGCGCCGCUGUCGCCGCUUCCGCCGUUCCCGACGGUGCACGCGGCGGCGGAAUCGCCGAUCUCCGCCUACAUGCGCUACCUCCAGACCUCAAUCUCGGCUUUCGAAUCGGAUCCCAAGCGAUUCAUGGUUUCCCCCAGGUGGAACAAUCUCGGUCCGCCUCCGCCUCCACCGCCGCAGAAUCACCAACCACAGCUCCCUCCGCCGCAGCACAACGUUUUUCCGGCGCCGACUCAAUCAUCACCGUUCCUGAUGCCGACAUCGCCACUGCCUUUCGGGUGCAUACCAUCACCUCGAUCGCCGUAUCCUUUACUUUCCCCAAGUCUGCUGUUUUCGCCAUCGACGACCGGUCAAUUAGGGUUUCAACAGUUCCCAAUCUCUCCAAGACUACCCGUGCCGAGCCCUAGGUGGAAAGAUUGUUGAGAGAUUGUUUCUUUUAUGGUGUAGAAUCCAGAUUUCACAGUUGAGAAGGUAAGGAAUUUAGGGUUUUGUUUUAUGUUUUUUUGUUUUGGUGGGUUUUAUACUUAUAUCCAUAUCUGUACAUGGUGGGGAUUUAUAUUCAAUGGCCAGUUGUUGGAAGAAAUCAUAGUUGACAACUGGUUAAUCAGAGUUUUGUACUGUACAUGAAUGUUUGUGAUAGACAAUGUGAAAAAGAGGACCCUAGGUCUGUCUUUUCUUUGUUUUUUAGUUUCUUGAUUGGAGUUGGGGAAGACAAAAGUUCAAAAUUCUUCAGUUUUGAUGGGAUUUAGAGGUUGUUGGUAGCUAUUUGUCUGUGAAAGUGUAAUCAACUUUGUAUUUCUGUUUAUAUUUUCCCUAUUCAUUUCAGAUUAAUCUUGACAAGCAUGCGUAAAAGCUCUGAUUUUUGUUA